CAGCGCCCGCCUCCAUCUGGAGCCCGGCCUCCAUCUCGCCUCUGCCGGAGCCGCUGUCCACGGCGUCGUCCUCCUGCAUGCAGCGCUCCUACCCCCUGACCUACACCCAGGCGGCGGCCGCGGCGGCGGCUGGAUACAACCAGGGCUACACGGCCUCCUCUUCCUCCUCCUCCUCCUACUUCACCGGCCUGGACUGCGGCUCCUACCUCUCGCCGAUGCACCACCAGCUCCCCGGCUCUGCCAUGAGCCCCAUGGGUGGCGGGGGCGGCGGGGUUUCCGGCCACCUGAGCCCGGCCUCGUCGCUCUCCUCGUCCGCGUAUGGAGCG